UGUCUCCCAUUAAUCAUGCUGCCUGCAUUUGAAGUCUUAAUUAAGGUGGAGAAUGCAAGUUGCAUUUUCCCAUCACCAAUUGUUCUUGGAAUUGGACAGAUGGCGGCUACCAUAAUGAUACUGUAUGUGUCCAAGCUAAAUAAAAUAAUUCACUUCCCUGAUUUUGACAAGAAAAUUCCUGUAAAGGUAUCAAUGAUAUUUGAGUUUGGGAUGGUGGACAAAUGCCUGCCGAUGUUCACCGUGCUCAGGAAGUUUACCAUCCCGCUGACUCUACUCCUGGAAACCAUCAUACUCGGGAAACAGUAUCCCUUGAACAUCAUCAUCAGCGUCUUUGCCAUCGUUCUCGGUGCUUUCAUAGCAGCUGGUUCCGACCUGGCCUUUAACUUGGAAGGCUACGUGUUUGUGCUCCUGAAUGACAUCUUCACAGCAGCCAAUGGGGUCUACACGAAGCAGAAGAUGGACCCGAAGGAGCUGGGCCAGUACGGAGUGCUCUUCUACAACGCCUGCUUCAUGAUCGUCCCGGCCCUCGUCCUCAGCGCCUCCACGGGGGACCUCUGGCAGGCUACUGAAUUCAACCAAUGGAAGAAUGUCCUAUUUAUCAUACAGUUUCUUCUUUCCUGUUUUUUGGGGUUAGGUGGGGACUACGUUUUCUCUGUGUUGAACUUCAUAGGGUUAAAUAUUUGCAUGGCGGGGGGCCUGCGCUACUCCUUCUUAACCCUGAGCAGCCAGUUGAAGCCGAAACAGCCUGUGGACGAGGAAAACAUCCCCCCGGAUUUGAAGAGUUAGGCUCAGGCAGCCUGGCGGCUGUGAGGCUGUUCCGACCUUGGACGUGGGCCGGCCUCUGGUCAAAGCAAGAAAAGGAACAUCUGCAAAACGCAGAGAACCUACCUCGCGCGCUGCCAAGCGAGCCACGUGGCCGGAGAACUGCGUCCGGGCAAAGCCUCGCUGGCUGAAAGGGAAUCUCGGAAUAAGCCAGUGGGUAACGGGCUGUCCUAGGGGCUGCAGGUGCCUGCGAGGUGGAAGGCGCUGGGCGGGCGAUGGCUUUCUCACCGGCACCUCGGCCUUCAUGGCAAAGGUCCCAGCCCAGGCAGUGACUGAGUGCUGUUCGUGAAACAGGCGCAUCUUUAUUUUCACAAAAUUACCCAAUUAACUGCCAGUACAGACACCUGUUAGCUUUGGUUCCCUCUCACAUGUUGGUGUUUUCCCAAUCGUCAAAGUGAAAUAAACAAUAAUCCAUA